AUGGGCACGUGUGCCAGCAGCUUGAAUGCGGCGCAAGACGUCACUUCGAAGAAGUCGCGCGGGAGGCGAAGGCCGCAGCGGAAACGUGAGGAAAAAAAUAGACCGUCCGCCGUACUGGGCGAAAACGAUGAGGCCAAUGGAAAUGUGGGCAACGCACGUCUUUUCUUUUCGUGGAAAGCGGCGCCUCUGUUGUUUGACCCCGCGUCAGCCUCGUUUUUUAACGGGAAAUACGGCGAGGAGGCGGUGAAGGAAGCCGCGCGGUUGCGGGAGAGGGCACCAAUAUUUGAGGCGGCCAAUUUACCGCCACACUCUAUGUUUCUUCGAUUGCCUGGUGAGGUCCGCGGCCAGCGCAUCACGGUGCAUGAGAACUCUUACUGUGCCAUUCUACUUUUAGACCACUGCGAUAGUGUAUCCGUACAUGGGUGCGAGCGUUGUUUUAUCUUUAUUGGGCCCACAAGUGGCUCUGUCUUUCUGGAGCGUUGCCGUCACUGCGUCAUUGUAUGCUGCUGCGCCCAAUUGCGUUUGCGUGGGUGUCGGCAUCUGCAGUUCUCCCUCUCCGUUGCCACAAUGCCGGUAUUAGAGGAGAGCACUGGCAUUGGCGUCUGCUCGCUCUCUGGUUGGUUUGUUUAUCCGCUGAUGCCAGUUCACAUGCAACGCGCUGGGCUCUCCGCCUUUAACAAUUUCUACUUGACGGUGCAUGACUUUACGCCGAGACCGGUUUCUAAGCAGACGGGACCCGGCUGCAGUGCAUCGGGCAGCAACGGCAAUAUUUACUACAUUCACCAUGAGGUGUUUGAGGGGACCUGUUGGAUGCUGUGGAAGCGUUUGGGUGAACACGCCAAGAAGGAGGUGAUGGAAAAGGCUCUAGCUGACAGUGUCCCCGUUGCUCAUGAAGACGUGGAGCUGAUGCUCACGAAAAAAGACGAGGCGAGUACGGGAGUGCAGCGUGACGCCAUUCAACGACUACUGCACCAGCCGCCUAUUCUUUCAUGCCUGCCGGUUCUUCCUCACAAUACCGGGCAGCCACACAAGAAUAUUGGCCAAAAAAACUCUCUUUCGCAGCUUCCAGUGGACUCCAAUGGUCUUUUGGAGAUGUUUCAUCACACUGUCGUUGUCCCAUUUACAUUUGGAACUAACAGACCACUACCACAAGCAGUUCUCUUGGGAAAAUGGGAACCUCGACUAUUUGUUGUGACCACUGCCAAUGGAGGCGCCACGAUUGCAUUGCGCAUUGUGCGAGAGAUCGAGUUGUCCCGUCGUCGUGCUUUCAUUGACCGUAUGCAACGCGGUGUUGUUCAGGAGGUGGUGGACGAGUGGCCAAGAACAGAGGUCGAUGGCGAUGUUCUCUUGCUGAAUACUGUGGAACUGCGCUGCACAGAGAAGCUGGUGAAAGUGCAAUUGGAACCGGUUCUAAAAAAAGUAGCGAACUUCUCAUGCAAUAAUGCGUUGCUGUUACAGAAGGAGGCUGCAACCGCUGUCCAACGUAUGAUUCGAAACGCAUGUAUCUUCAUUCUUGCACUCUUGCGGCCUGCUUCGAAGAGAGACGGUGCAAUCCGGGGGGCACAAAGUAUUUUUAGCUUGGCAGGGGCGCUACCACCGCCACCAGAAUGCACCGGCAAAACGGGUGGCAGCAAUAGCAGCAGAAGUGAUCGUAGCCCGUCCCCCCGUCAGCCUCAGUCUUCAGAAAGUACGGAGGAUGCAACGGCAUGGAAGAAGUCAGUACUUUUAAAUGUACCGUUUCCCAUGGAACACUUAAGUGUACUGCAAAAUGACAUUUUUUUGCGUGCGCCGACGACUGAUUCCGGAUUUGGUUAUGCUUUCUGA